AUGAUUGUCUCCAUCGCCACCCCGAUCAAGCCCACGCUCUUCCACACCAAGUUCUGGUCGUCCUCCAAGCCAGCAUAUGUGUUGAAGGGACUUGGAUUGACAGGUAAAGGCGGACCUAUCGAGAUUGCUACCAUUACUGAACAGCAGCUUAAAGAAGAUCCCAUCCUAACGAAACUAAACCCUCAAAAGCGCCUUCCCUUCUUCUACGAUCCCACGAAGGAUUUGAAACUCAACGAGUCGGGUGGAAUGAUUGAAUACUUGUUGGAGACUUAUGAUACGACGAACAAGCUCUGGCCUUCCCCUGGAGAGCCCACACGAGCUGAGUUUCUCAAGUUGCUGCACUUCGGUCCUGCGACAGCUUAUCACAUUGGUGUCCCCAUCCUUUUCCACUACAUGGCGCCAGAAGGAACGGAAGCGACACCCGUCAAGGUGUUGGAGGAAAAGAAGAAACAAUGGCAUGAGGUUGUUGCUCCGACUUACGAGCAAGCAUUGGAUCAGUUCGGAGGCCCUUUCUUGUUGGGCGACAAAUGGACUGCGGUCGAUGUUGUCGCGGGAUAUGACUUGAUGACGAUCAGCUUUGCCGGAUGCGGUAAGGAAAUGUUGGAUGCCCACCCCAAAGUCAAUUCGUACUUGGAGAAGAUCAGUCAGUGCCCCCUUUUCAAAGAGCUUUACAGUGCCGAUUGA